GACAGUGGACCAGUUAUAUUCGUCAUCCUUGGGUGGAUUUAAAUUCUUCACCACGGAGUUUGGCUGGGCAUGCGCAAACAGGAGGAACUUUCUCCAGUCCAGUUGGCAAACUGACGAAGUUGUCUUCGGAAACUUGAAGGCUCAAAACCCACUAUGACUUCGACAAACAUGUUUCAAGGGUUGGAUACUGGUACAAAACCAAGUUCAAGGGUGUUGCAGCCUCCUGGAGGUGGCUCCAGUAACCUCUUUGGUGGAUAUGAAGAUGACUCUGCAGCAUCAAGAAGACCUAAUAAGAUGGCCUCUAAAGUUUUUGCUCCAGCAGAGGACUCCCAGUGUGUACCCAAACGCUCCAAUCCUCCAGGUCAGACAAGCUUGUCAGGGCUUGAUGUGCAGAGGCAGGCCAGUAAAAAACAGGGUGGGAAGACUAGUGGAAUAUUUGGGGAACCUGAACCUCCAGCUCAGCAACAGAGACCCAAACCUCCUGGUGGCCCAACCAGCAACAUAUUCGGUGCUGCAGAGAGUGCACCUGCUCAAAGCCAGAACCGAAGCCACCCAAAUAAGCCAAAGGACAAUCUAAGUGUGGGACCUGAAUCAUCACCAUCACUUGAAGCCAAGGUCAGCCAACCUGAAGGGAAGGUGGAAGCUGCCCCCCCAGCUCCCAUUCCAGCCAAAGAAGAGCCUGCUGUUGUCUCGGCCCCUCCUGAGCCCAAGCCCCAGUCCCCUUCUUUCUCUUCUUCACCUCCUGUUGAGAAAGAGGAGACUGGUGAGCUGAAGAACCACGAGCCUCAUCUGGGACCCAAGCCUCGCUCUCACAACAGGGUCCUCAACCCCCCUGGAGGAAAGUCUAGUGUGGUAUUCUACUGAUGAGCUGAACACAUCUCUACUCCCUGUUUGUGUCCAUACGCUCCUUGUCUGCUCCCCUGUUAAUCUUCUUUCAUUCCAACACCCCACGGUUAUUUCACCUGUACAUCUAAACGCAGAGCAGGAUUUUUUGUUCUUCUCACCAGAUUCCUAUUCAAAUAUGUUGUCCUCAACAUCAUGCACUUUGAGCCCUAUUUCUGGUUUCCAGCUCUUUGUCCAAUUCGUCAUAUUGUUCUUUAAUGAAACCUGCGAUCAUUCAAUCACCAAUCAACAGGCUCGCUAUUACCUAAUCACUUUAACUGUGACACUAUCAAUCUCAGUAUUGUGGUUACUAAUUUCACAGUUUGUUUGUAGAUGUAGUUUGGUUUAAGGCACAGUUUGUCAUUUUGAAAAACGUUUUUGCAUCUCAAGUAUGGUUAAGACAUCCGAGUGCUUGUACAAUGUUCAGCUUUAAACAGUGAUUGAUGUGAAACGAAAAUCCUUGAGUAAAAAAUCAGACAUUUGCUCAAAUUUCAAGGUGCUCAUUUUAAAUCUUUAAUGUGUAGGCAUUCAGUCAGAAGGGGGUGAAUAGAUCUUCUCACCAAUGGAAAAUGUUUCAGGGAGUUCCACUAGUGCCACCUUUUAUGUUGCUGGAUCCUGAUUGGAUGACUACAUAAAACCUGUCAAUUUUACUAAAUAAUAGUUUAGUACUCGGUUAAAGGAUAGAUGCCAAAAAUUUACUUUGAAACAAAGAUGAAUGCUUGACUCCCAAAUGUUUCUGCUUCCUUAAAGAAAAUUCCAUUUUGAUUGUAUGCGGAUGUAUUGUGCAGGUACUUCUCUGCUUUGUCGUCAUUGCUUGCUUUAUCUGAGAACAUGCCUUUUUUGCUUGGGGUAGGCCUCUGUUUAUGUUUUAAAUUAAAACGGCUGAAGAUAAGUGAACUCUGGACCAGCGCGUGGCCUACCUGAGUCCAGGUGGGCUCAUUGAUAAUCACCUUUUUCACUCACUUCACGAUGCACAUUCAUGGUAUUCUGGUGCCAGCCUGUCCCCAGUGUGUUGAUGUGCCUGGCAGGCAAUGAGCACAGCAGAAGAAGAUCCUGUGUAUUGCAAUAAAACUGUUGUUUUGCAUUUAAA